UUCAUCCUCAAUUCUCUAGCUAUUAAGAUUUCAAUCUCUUUGUAGCUAGCGCACUACGGGCACAUAUUUACAGUGGCGGAUCCAGGAGUGUUUUUAUAGGGCGUGCUGGUAGAAAUGACACAGAGUUAGGAUUUAUGGUGUUGGAAAGGAAGACUUUGAAGUGAAGAAAAAGGAGAUUGGACUUUCCAGGAGCUGAAACCCGACCGGGUAGAACACUUCACCCGGUCGGGUAAGAUUUAAACAGACGAAGAUAGCUGGAAAUUACACAGACCCGGGCGGGUCCCUUACUUGACCCGGUCGGGUCAGAUGUGACCCGAAACAAACAGGACAUGCCGAAGAUCGCCAGAAUAGGGAAAAAUCUGAUUUUGACCAAACCCGGUCGGGUCAACUAGGAGACCCGGUCGGGUCAGACACAACCCGGGACCAAACGACGUGCAGAAACAUGAGAGCAUGGCAGAAUAUUUGAUUUUGACGUUUACCCGGUCGGGUAUGUCCAUUUACCCGGGCGGGUCAAUGCCCCAGGGUGUUGAAAACACCUAUAAAUAGCCCCAUUUUCCUUCACUUUUCAUCACUCCUUCUUCCAUACUCUUAAGCUCAGUUUAGAAUAGUAUUUCUUUUAUAUUUUUAUAGCAUGUUUAGUCUCCAAAUGAGGAGCUAAACUUCCAUUUCUUGGUGUUGCUCUUGAAGCUUGUUGAUUAUUAAAGUUGUGAGUUAUUUUCUUAACUUCUUUCCUUGAAUAUUAAUGCUUCUCUUAAAUACUAUUUCUAUAUCAAUGUUGGGGAGUGUUGCUAAGAUGACAAUUAGUUAACAUCUUGACAUUGGUCUUAGUAAUAGCUAUUCCUUCCUCUAUGUUAAUAUUGGGGAGUGUUACUAAGAUGACAAUUAGUUAACAUCUUGAUAUUAACUAUAGUAGGAUUCAUUUUCCUUAAUAUUCUUCCUUGAGUAUUAAUUAAUUCCUAUUCAUAUUUCAUAUUAAUAUUUUUGAACAUUACUUAAAGGAUCAACUAGUUUUGUUUCAAAUAUUAAUUAUUACUAGAAACGAUCAAUGAACUGAUGGUUAAUCGUUGAUGGUUUCACAAGUAAGUAACUUCGGUUUAUUAAUGCACGGUCGUGGUUAGUAAACAUAAGAGGGAUUAAUUUUGUUGGUUAAACCGAAACCGUUGUGUUGAGGUUAUCAAUCUCAAUUUAUUUCAUCAAGGAGUUAAGAGAUUAAAUGCUACUAUCAAGUAGGUAUAUGGCGUUGUUCUAUACUUGACUAAUAGUAAGGGUUAUUAAUGAACGGGGUCGUUGUUAAUAACUUUCCUCGAUGAAUUGGAUAUACUCCUCGAUUGAGUAUUCGAGAGGAGAUAAGUUAUAGAUAUAACAAUGAUCGACUGAAAUAUAUCAACAAGUGAAAAGUAGCAAUGCCAAGUCCUUUUUAUCUUUGAAUUAAAUCACAUAUAACUAGUUCAUCUUCGUGUUUAAUUUAAUUAAAUCAUUCAACCCAAAACCUCCCUUUAUUUACUCCUUUCGUUAAAAAGAUAAAUUAUUCCUUUCCCUGUGGAUACGAACUCUACUUCACCUAUACUACGUAUAAGUGUUAGUAUUGAAUUUAUUUUGAGUGCACUCACGACAAAGUGCACGUCAGUCUCAUCCGAGGUAUUCAACUCAACCCGUAUAAAACAAGUUUAUAAUAUAUGUGACAUAUACGAAGUAUAUUAAAUACAUAUACUCUAUUAGUUUCAUUUAUACUAUCAUUUAUCUAAGCUACAUUCAAUUCGGCUAUUGUCUAAAAAUAAUAUACCGUUUUCAUUCUAUGUAAAUUUGAUUUCAACCCCGCUGAGUCAUUUUUCUGGCUCCGCCCCUGGGUAUAGUAGGUAAUCAACAGGUCAGGUUCUAAUAAAAGAAGAUGGGUGCAAAUAUGGGAUUGCUCUGGAAUUAUGUAAAGGUGGAAUUAUUAUGAGAAGACCAGUGAAAAAGUGAGAUUAUUCUUGUCAAUUUUUUCAAAGAAAAAUCAAAUUUGAUAAAGGUUUGAUAUAUAAAGUAACAGAUUAAGAGUGGUUUGUGUUGACUAAGUGAAUAAGAAUCAUGAUCAUCAAAUUAAGAUGGAUGUAGUCAGGGGCGGAUCCAGGAAUUUUAGAUGCCCUGGGCUAAUAGAAAUUAUACUAGGUUUAAAUAUUAGAGCGAUGGGCUAAACGUGAAAAAUGAAAAUAUUUACACUAAAAAAUUGAUUUUUUUAAGUUGUCAUGGGCUUCAGCCUAUCAUAGCCCGUGCAUAAAUCUUCCCCUGAAUGUCGUACUCUGUAUUACAUUUCAAUAUAUACAGUAUAGUGUCAUUUGAGGAGGAGAAGGAGGAGGGGGUGGAUUAUCGGCCAAGGUAGGAUGAGAUGGUGAGGUUAUAAUUAAGGCCUCACCCUUUUGUGAUUUUCGAUUAGAUCAAAACUGGAAGCUCGAGGGUCGGCUAUGCUAAAGGGUACGUUGGCGGAGAUUAGAAGAGGGUUUUCUAAUCUAAAGAUAAAUGAGGAUGGUGAAGGGAAAUUUAUUGAAGGUGGAAGUGAAAGUUUUGUGGCUAACUGAUGGUCUCCAGAGAAAACAGAAGCUUUGGGUAUUUGUCGAGUUAUUCAGUGGUCAAUGGAAAAAGGUUGGACUCGAGUGGAGGUUGAAACAGAUGCACUUAUAUAUGGUAGUUUCUGGGUUAAAAGCUAAAGCGGUGUUAUCCUACUUUGAUUUAAUUCUGGAUGAUAUUAGACAUGUAUUGGAUCAGAGUAGUGAUCAUAUAAUUAUUAAGCAUUGUGAUAGAUCAGCUCACCGAGUUGCUCAGCUCAUUUGAUUGAUAGGGCAUGUGUUUAUGUGUUGGUUGCAGGAUUGUCUUCGGGACACC